AUGGGUGAUGCCCCACCAACACCUCGCCUCGCGACGCGGCAAAAGCUGGACGACCUCUUGUCUGCGCAGACCGCGAAAGGAAACCUUCCUGCCAUCUUCUUUGCAGCUACCAAUGCCGAGGAGACACUCUACCUCAACCAGGCUGGCCAGCGUGUACACGGCGAGCCCGACAAGGGCACUGUGACCGAGGACACUCACCAAGAUCCUGACGAGCGGAUUGAGAAGUGGCUUCCCGAGCUGGGCACUGUCAAGCUCCUGACUGGCUACGACGAUGCAGGCAACGGUAUCCUCGUCAAUCCAACGACUAAGAUUACCCUCCGGAUGCUGUUGACCCACACAAGCGGUCUCGUGUACGCGUUCCUCGAGUCCCCUGCGACCAAGUACUUUGCCGCAAACGGUCCUGCCAGCCAGUUCAACUGUGGUGUCGAGGGUAUCACAACCCCACUCGUCUUUGAGCCUGGGGCUGCGUUUGCGUACUCGCACGCGACCGACUGGGUUGGGAUCCUGAUUGAGCGCGUGUCUGGCACCUCGCUGGAGGAAUACUUCAAAAAGGCCUUCUUCGAGCCUUUGGGCAUGACCACUGUCACUUUCUACCCAACGGAAAAGAUCCACGAGACAAAGAUGAGCGUGUGCACACGCGUCCCGCCUUCCACCGGAUCAAUCUACAAGAUCCCCGGCGACUUUGGCAUGGGUCGCGCAACCAAGCCUGAGGACCUCAAGAUCAUGCACGGCGGCGCGGGUCUGUACGGGUCUCAGAAGGACUACCUCAAGUUCCUGCGCGCCGUGCUCGCCAGUGACCCGCGCCGGGCCAACCCCAAGGCAUUGCUCUCACCCUUCGUCUACAAAUCGCUCUUCACCAGUGCCCUCCCCGAGCCCACUGCCGGACCCCACAGACAGCUCAUGUCCGAGUUUAUCACUGCGUGGAUGCCCGAUGAGCCGCCCUAUGUCCUCAACGCAGGCAACCUCACCCACUCGCUCGGCUGUGGCCUCAACCUCACCGACGCGCCGGGCAGGCGCAAGGCUGGAUCGGUAUUCUGGGGAGGUGUGGCCAAGACGGCAUACUGGAUCGAUCCAGAGUCGGGUAUUGCUGGUGUUGUGGGCACCAACAUGCUCGUGGCUGGGCGUGACCCGGACCCGUGGCAGCCAUUUCUCUAUGCGUUUGAGCGGACCGUCUACGCGUCGCUUGCGCAGCCGCCCAAGGCCAAUUUGUAG